AUGGAAGAUAUUAUUGCUGAUUUGUAUCCUAAUGUCAACAAUCAUAAUGAACAUCCAAGUGAAAAUGAGCAUCUCGUUGAUGAUGCUAAGACGUUUUACAAAUUGUUGGACGAUUCGAAACUACCUUUUUCAUCAUCUGAUACCUAUACUCACGCAGCUUCAAACUUGGUUGCUUCUAGUAAUCUUGAGCAGACCAUUCAACAAAUAAUUGAUAUGGGCGGAAACAACUGGGAUAAGGAAACUGUCACUCGAGCUCUUCGAGCUGCUUACAACAAUCCUGAGCGAGCUGUAGAUUACUUAUAUUCAGGAAUUCCAGAAACAACAGAAGUUGCAGUUCCCGUGCCUCACUUUCCUACAAGUCAGGUUACCUUGGAAGGGACUGGAAUGGGCACAGUUUCUAAUGCUUCUUCCAUCGGAGCAACCAAUUCAUCUCCACUGAACUUGUUUCUGCAGGAAGCAGUUUCUGGCAGUGGAAAUGAUGAACUUGGUUCUCUUGUUUUUCUCAGAAGCAACCAACAGUUCCAAGCAUUACGCACUAUGGUUCAAUCAAAUCCACAAAUUUUACAGCCCAUGCUUCAGGAGCUUGGGAAGCAAAAUCCACAACUGUUAAGGCUUAUACAAGAGCAUCACACAGAGUUUCUUCAACUGCUUAAUGAGCCUAGUGACGUUUCUGAAGGGUUAGAUAUGUUCGACCAUGCUGAUCAGGAAAUGCCUCAUUCUAUCAGUGUCACACCAGCAGAGCAGGAAGCAAUUGCACGUCUUGAGGCAAUGGGAUUUGACAGAGCCGUUGUAAUUGAGGCAUUCCUUGCCUGUAAUCGUAAUGAGGAAUUGGCUGUUAACUAUUUGUUAGAGCAAACAGAAGACUAUGAGGAUUGAAUGGUAAAUCAUUUUCCUGAAUUCUCUAGUCUCACAUGUUUGCUCACCAAUUUUUAAAU